AUGGCAGCCUUCUUCGAACAGCUAUGGGAGUCCAUCUUCAUCGCGGGGCCCACGCCCACGCUCCUUAUCGCAACAAACGCCUCGUUCGCGGCGCUCCAGGUCCUUCUGUUCGUCAUGCUCAUCGCGACGUACAGCAUACACUUCGUCAUCCUCUCCCUUUUAUGCGGAGGUCUCUGGUGGUCGAUAAACUGGUUCGCGACGGAGCUCAAGGCUGCGCAGGCGAAGGAGGAGGAAGCAAAGCGUAUCCGGGAAGCUAGAAGAGGCGGAAAAGAAAAGGGAGGUGCAGCAGGCGACGACGGAGAUGGCAUGGACACAGGCGACGAUACCGAGGUGGAUACCGAGGUCGAGCAGACGCAAACGAUCAAGCCCAAGUCGAACCAGCCUCGCGCGCCCCGCCCCGAGACACAGAGCACGGUCUUCGUUGAGAGACCUGGUGGAAGUGAGCCGGAGAAUCCAACACAAGCUGCUGCUUCUGUUGGUAGCGGAGGUCCUGCCACUGCGAGUACUACGGGAACGACGACGAGUCUUGCGGCACCGGUAGACGAAGCACUGAAGAGAAGGAAGGGAAUGGGUGAAUCAACAGGCGAUCUAUCGACCGAUAGCGAGUGGGACAAGCUAUCGGAGGACUCAGAGGACAAGUGA